CUUUGCUCCUGUCAUCGUUUUUCGGCCUUCCGAAACAAUUGCUUGAGCUUUGGCCGUCAAUUUUUGUAGCCAAAAUGUGCCCUACACAUAUACGGAGAUGUUGGCCGAGAGCAUGGUGAAUUUGAGUGCCCCUCUUGGCGAUUUUGAUGCAUCAUAUGUUGAGGUCGACGCGGAGGUGCACGGUGAGAAUGAAGAUGAUGAUGAUGUGCAAGAGAUCCUAGAGGCCGACUAUGAUGCUAGGUUGGGGAGGACUGGCAACUACAUGGAGACGAAGGAUGUAUGCUUAGUUAAAGCAUGGGAAAGCAUCUCUGUUGCCUCCCUCACCGGCAAGGAUCAAACAUAUGGCAACUAUUGGCAAAGAAUUGAAGACAAAGUUCAUCAAAUGAUGCCAUUCCCAUCCGGUCGGAGCUUGAAAGGCCUUCAAGGCCGUUGGAACACCAUCAACAAAGCUUGCUCCCAUUGGUUCGGAUGCUUGGAGCAAGUGCGGAAUGCACCACCAAGUGGUGUCACUAUUGAUGAUUAUGAUCGCAUCACCAACGAGUACUACAACCAAAUCCCAGCCUCCAAUGUCCGGUAAUUCAAUCGUCAAUAUUGUUGGAAAUGGCUCCGAGAUAAUGAGAAGUGGAGGGUGAGGGACAAGGGAUCCCCUUAAAAGAGGCAUCAAAGUGGAGGUUGAAGAUGAUGAUGAUAGUGAUGAUGCACCAAGAGGAGGAAGAAACAAGGGCAAACCGGAUGGAAACAAGGAGAAAGCAAGAGUCAAGAGGAAUUCCGAGGCAAUCACUUUGAGGGAUCAAAUUGGUGAGAUGGCGAAGAUGAAGGAGGAUAUGCUAGCCAAGCAUUGGGAUGCAAAAGUUGCCAUGGCCGAAAGAAAGAGAAGCACAAAGAGGAGAAAUGGGAAAAGAGGUGUGCCUUCGAGGAGCGCAAGCUCAUCCUAGAGGAGCAAAGGAGGAAGGACGAGAGGACCGCCGAGGAGGACCGGUUCAUGAUGAUGAAUCCGGAGGGCAUGGAUGCAAUGGCAAGAGAAUUUUGGGAGAUGAAAAGAAUGGAGAUCAUGCUCCGGAGGAAGAUGGAGCUCCAAAAUCUUAUGACCGGUGGUGGUGUUGGGUUUGGAUGGGGCUUUUCUUUCGGCAAUGGUGGUGGUGGCCUCGACAUGGGUGGCGGAGGUGGCUUCAGCAUGGUUGGUGGUGCUUCGGCAAGCCAAGUGAAUGGUGGUGAUGGUGGUCGUGCUCAAUCUCCGGUCCAAGUGAAUGGUGGUGAUGGUGGUGCUCACUCUCCGGUUCAAGUUCGUGAAGAUGGAGGUGCUCACUCUCCGGUUCAAGUUUGUGAAGAUGGUGAUGCGAGCUCUUCGGUCAAUGUGGAUGGUGGCGAUGGAGGUGUUAGGGGCGGUGUUGGUGGCAACGUUCUUCGCAACAAUGAGAAUAUUGCUUGAUUGAUCAAUGUCGUUUGAGCAUCUUUUGUCUUGUUUUAUCGCGCAUUCAUGAACCUAAACUUGAUACCUCGUUUGUUGCACAUGAUUUUGGAUGUGAUGAACUAGUAUGAUGAUCAACUAGUGAUGUAUAUAUAUGAUGAUGAACUUGUUAUUGUAUUUGCGGGACGGCAAGCCCUCCUGCACGGAAUAGAUCCCGCAAACGCGUCCCGCAGAACAUUUGCGGGACGGGUUUACGGGAACUGUUCCGCCGGAGGGCUCGCCGUCCCGUAAAUAAUUUUUGCGGGAGCCCUCAAACGACUUUCACGUCCCGGCCAUUUGCGGGGUCUGCUAGAGAUGCUCUUAGACGGAUAUUAUAGGGUUGAGGACAGAGAAUGGAAAGACUAGAUGACGCGUAAAAGUAUCCCCAAAAAUUUAUAUGCUAAAUUUUGUUCAGAUCCCUAAUUAUUUGUUUAAAAUACGCUAGGCUGGGCAGGGGGCUGCAGGUUACAUCGGCAUGUCUUGGUCGCCAAUCUGAGGAGAGCAUGACCCACCUACUGAUAGGUUGCCCUUUCUCCUGCACCUUAGGGCAUGAGGUGGUCUUGUGGAUCCACGGCGCGACCUCCAGUUGUUGUGAUAUGGUGGCAUCAGGUCAUCCUCUCCACCCCAUCAGCGGUGCGGAAAGGCACGUAGUCGGUUGCCCUUUUUAGGGCUUCUCCCAGCGAUGCCUAGCACUAAGAAGUGUGGCAUUGUAAUUUAGGGUGUUGCCACUUUUAGGGCUUGUACAGAGCUUGUUCUCUAUCGUGCAAGACUUCUGCAUUUUUUCUCGAAAAAGAAAAAUAUAAUAGGGCAAACAACGGACUGCAGCAAUUGUAUUCAACGGUUUGUUUCAUUUCUGUAUACUGCUUACAGGAAAUUAGUUUAGACACAAACCAUGUAGUGUAUGUAGAAAUUGUGGUGUGUAUAAUCCAUUCUGAGUUGAAUACUAAUUAGACAAAAAUCGCAGGAGUCUGUUCCUAACAUGAAAGUUAACACGUCAGGUCUUGCACACUGUGUCUGUUUUUUAGUGUUAAGGAGACAGUGAAAUAAAGUUACGGAUCUAACAUACUCCCUUGAAAAUCAAUUUCAUCAUUUUCAGCACUGAUUGACAAUUGGCAUCAAAUUUACACUAAAAUUAUUAAAUUGUUACAUCAGAACCAUUUGCUAAGUAAAAGGCUAAGAAUGGUUAUAACUUGAAGUUGUGCCAUAGAUUACUCGUACUUCAUCGUGGUCUAGGUUGCUGAUCAGUCCUUUUAAGUUCCUAGCAAUGAUUGCAUCUCUUUUUUCUCUUAUUCUAUGCCCUACACUGUUUUUUUUAGUAGAACUGUAGGGGAGAGCCCUACAGUAUGAGUAGGAACGUAAGUUUGCAUCAUGAGGACUUGAACCCAGGUGGUAGGAUUGUACAUCCACUCCCCCAACCAAGUGUUACCAGUUUGUGAUUUUUUGAUCGUAAUUUGUGAUUUUACUUUGUUCUUGAGAGCAUUUUUUGUGGCUUCAUACUCAUGUUACCAG